AGCAUCGCGCUGCAGCGACACAUGAACUGACGACUUCCCCCGUGCUUCGCCCUUGCCAAUGUCUGCCUCCGGCGAGCGCAAGGUGUCGGCCUCGCUCGGCAGGUCUGUCCGAGGCGCUGCUCCGCGCCUGGCCGACCUGGCAUCCACGCCCGAAGCCCCUCGCACACCGACUCUCGGCCGCUCAGUGUCCUCCCUCUUCGGCUCUCCUGGCGGCAGCUUCCGCACCGACGACGACUACGUGGUCAUUGAAGUUGGCUCGCGAUUUGUGCGCGCCGGCUUCCCUGGCGAGAGCACCCCGCGAUGCACCUUGGCCUACGACCCGGACAACCAGCGGCGCGUGGGCGACUAUCGCCAAUGGGACCCCCAGGGCGCGCAAAAAAGACAGAACCCGAGAAAGGGACAAGAGUGGGGGCAGGAGUACGAGCUGUACCGCAUGGACCUGAGCCAGAUUGACCUAGGCGUGGUGGAGGACAAGUUCGAGAGGAUCAUGCGCGAGGUGUACAACAAGUACUUCGUGCUCGAUACGAAGCCGCGCCGCAUCCUCCUCGCCCUACCGCCCAAGAUGCCGCAUCCGUUGAUGUCGACGUUGCUGGACGUCCUCUUUGGAAGCGUACAAGCACCGAGCAUCACCCUCAUGUCCUCGCCUGUGCUCUCGACUGUAGCAGCUGGCCUACGGUCGGCGCUGGUGGUGGACAUUGGGUGGGCUGAGACCCUGGUCACUGCUGUGUGUGAGUACCGCGAGGUGCAUGAGGAGCGGACAGUGCGAGCCGGGAAGCUGCUGAGCGAAGAGAUGGCAAAGGUCCUCAACGCGGCACUAGACGAACAUGCUGGCUAUCACGAGGGUGACGACAUCUCUUUCGAGGAAGUCGAGGAGGUCCUGUCGCGUGUCGGUUGGUGCAAGUCCAAACCCCGGUCAAAUCGCCGAACCUUGUACUUUCCUGCGCGCACCUCGCCCAUCCUCGAGGAAUUCGAAGACGCGGUGGAAACACCGGAGCCAACAAUAACCAUACCGCUCCCGAAAGCAACGCCCCCAUCGGAGAUCACCGUACCUUUUGCAACCCUCGCUAAGCCCGCUGAAUACGCUCUUUUUGCUACCGAGACUGCCUUGAAUGAGUUCGAUGACGAUGAGCUGCCGCUGCACCAUCUAAUUUAUCGCGCAUUGUUGUCGCUGCCCAUGGAUGUUCGUCGCGUGUGCAUGUCCCGUAUUGUCAUCACCGGAGGCGUGUCUGCCCUGCCCGGACUAAAGAGUCGCAUCCUUGCAGAGCUCGAGGCGCUUGUUCACGCGAAAGGGUGGGACGCGGUUCGCAACUAUGGCACAGCUAGCGCACGGCACGAACAAAUCUUGCGGCAGAAAAGAGAGGCUCUCGAGCUACAAAGGCAGGAAAGUGAAGACAAAAUGACCGAGUCGCUAGACCCAGACAGCCCUCUUCCGGCAGGUUUACGAGCACAUGAAGAAGACAACAUCGACGCAAAGCUUGCACACGUUGCCUUGCGAAACGGGCCACCACCGGUCAGUCUCACCGGUGGCAUAGUGCGUGGGGUAGAGACAUUGGGGCCUUGGGCAGGUGCGAGUUUGGUGGCCCAGCAGCGAAUCAGAGGUAUCGUCGAGAUUGACCGAGAGCGGUACCUCCAGCAUGGACUCCAAGGCGCGAGCAAGGAAAAGGAGGUAUCGGUCGUAGCGCAGCGGCAGAGUAUGGGACCCAAUGUGGUCAGAGGCGCUGGCGAGCGAGCAAGCUGGACGCUGGGUGUAUGGGCGUGAUCCCCAUGGUGCGUUUCUGCGUUCAAGCUCUAUAUAUUCCGUGAUACCCCUUGCACUAAUUGCAUUCUCUAUUCAUCCAUA